AUGUUUAUUAGUGUAGAGUAUCGUGAUCCAAACGCUCUCAGUAAUGAGGCACCUCAUCCUGCACAACGAAAGGCUUUCCUCGCCGCCUAUAGCAAUCUGCUAGCUAUGAAAAUACCGUCUUCCAAUAUCAUGUUCAUGGGUGACUCUGCUGGUAGAGGACUGAGUGUUCUAUCGGCAAUCCAAGCGCAGCAAGAACAGCUUCCGCAACCGGCAGGGUCAAUCUUGAUAUCUCCUUGGGUGGAUAUGUCACUCUCUGCAUAUGAAGGUGGCAAUCAAGCUGUCAUGAGUGACUUCCUUGCAAACGCCAACACCGCAGUGCCUGUCAUGGCCAAAGCAUUCCUCGGUGUUUAUUCAAGUACAGACGCAGAAGUCAAUCCGCUUCUUCAGCCCCUGCAAAGAAUAAACGGCCUAAAUCCUCAGCGUGUAUUUGUCCGUGCAGCUGAGUUUGCACUCUCAGACUCCAAAGACUGGGCAUGCAGGUGUCAAGAAGCGGGUGUUAAAUGGGAGUUGCAUAUAAAAUGGGGACUGAUGCAUGUCUGGGCUUUAGGGUCCAACUUUAUUGAACUAGCCUUGCGCGAAAAGACCGAUACAAGAAUGGUUGAUUGGAUUAUUGAAUGUAUCCAUGGAAUGGAGGACUGA